AAGCACUUUUGAGCCAGAAUACUUUGCUUCUCCCCAAGAGCCAAGAAUCCCAAUUUUGUCGCAAUUCGGUUUGACUAACUCUUUGGCCGGUUUGGCCAUAUCUAGCACCUCCAAAUACACAAACAAGCAACAUGUCCUGGGUCCAGAAACAAUUCACCCUGUCGCCCAAGAGCCGCGGCUCGUACCUGAUUGACGACCAAGUGCUGGCCGCGGUCCCCGAGAUUCGCAACUACAAGGUCGGCCUGCUGAACCUGUUCAUCCAGCAUACCUCGUGCGCGCUCAGUCUGAAUGAGAACUGGGACGAGGAAGUGCGCGAGGACAUGAGCGAUGCGCUGGACCGCAUUGCGCCCGAGGAUCGCAAGGGAAACUUGUACAGACAUAGUGCCGAGGGAUUGGAUGACAUGCCUGCACAUAUCAAGUCGGCCCUGAUUGGCGCGAGCGUGACGGUUCCGAUCAAAGAUGGAAAGCUGGCGACAGGCACAUGGCAGGGAAUUUGGUACCUCGAGUUCCGCGCCCACCGGCACUCGCGCAAGGUCGUUGCUACGCUCCAGGGCGAGAAGGCGUGAAUCGGUGGAUACGAAAAUGAUGAUGAUAAUGAUGGUAUAAGGGAGCGUGAAUUGGGGAAGUUGUAGAUUGAUUUGGGUCAGAGAUUAUGUGGCCUAUAUGGAUGAUGCGAUGAUACCGUUAAAUGCAAUGGAGUUGUGAGCGGGGGCGAUGAAAUGUUCAGAGACAGAUAUCAUGGGUGGGAGUGUUGAGCCCCUUUAUCAAUGAGACAUAUCUCAGAAACAGCAACUAGACUGAGAUGCAGAGAUAGUAUAAUGAAACGAAACAUU